AUGCCUCACGUACUGCUGAACGAGAUACAUAAGUUGUCGAUGCUGCGUACUCUGGAGAGCGGACGGUACCUGAGCAUGGCUUUUCGUUCGUGGGAUCUGUACGAGUUUCCACUAUUGCAGCAAACAACUAAGCAUUCGUGGGCCAUCAAGACCGCUACUCAGCUUGAGAAGCCACGAUAUGUUAUCUUUGCUCUGCAGACGGGUCGAAAGAACAUUGUAUCCGAGGAUCCAAGCCGAUUCGAUCAUUGCAAAUUGACAAACGUGAAACUAUAUCUGAACUCGGAAUGUUAUCCAUACGACGAUAUAAACUUGGAUUUCGAUAAAAAUAAAUUGGCAAUUCUGUACGACAUGUACGCGCGUUUCUGCAAGGGUUAUUAUGGAUACGAGUAUCUCGAGCCGAACCUCACCACUUCAACUUUUCUACUUAACGGUCCAUUCGUAAUCAUCGAUUGCUCUCGACAAAAUGAAUCGAUCAAGAGCGCAACCGUGGACGUGCGCAUUGAAUUUGAAUGCAAAGAGAAUGUGUCGAUGAAUACCACCGCGUACUGCCUCAUCAUACACGACCGCGUGGUUCAGUACAACCCGUUGACAAACGUUGUGCGCAAAAUCACCUAA